AUGGACGCCUCCUCCCUCCGUAUCUCCAAGUUCGAUGGAACUAACUUCCACGCCUGGAAGUUCAAGAUGCAGAUGGUGCUGGAGGAACGGGACCUAUGGGAGGUCGUCAGCGGUGAGAUCAAGGUGGAACAGUGCGAGACUCAGUUGGACCAAGCGACGUACAAGCGGAAGUCAAGAAAGGCGAUGGCAGUGAUCUGUCUAGCCAUGGAAGAUUCCCAGCUACCGUUGGUCCGGUCGGCAAGUGGUGCAUGCGACGCAUGGUCAAGGUUGGAAGACCACUUCGAGAAGAAGAGUCUUGCCAACAAGCUGUUCUUGCGCCGUCGCUUCUUCACGACAAUGAUGGAAGAAGGCGACGAUGUGCUCGAACAAAUCAACAAGCUCAAGACGCUGGCGGAACAGCUAGAAGCAGUGGGGGCUCCAGUAUGCGAGGACGAUCUGGUGAUCACACUUCUCGGCAGCCUGAGUGACUCGUAUCAAUUCUUGAUCACAGCUUUGGAGUCGCGCUCAGACACUCUUAGCUGGGAGCUCGUGACGUCUCGACUGCUUCAUGAAGAAAUGAAGCGGAAGGAGCAAGGAAGUAAAGGUGAUGAAGCUUCGCAAGGUCAAGCGUUCAUCACAAGGGACAAUCAGCGCAAAGGGCGACCAGUGAAGAAGUCCUGGCUGUGCCACAAUUGCGGAAAGAUUGGUCACUGGAUGGCGGAGUGCCCCUCGCGCAUCCAAGAAAACACGGAGAGACACCGGCCACAGCGUGCUCAAGACAGCGGCGACCGCUAUCGAUCACAACGUGCAAACGUCGCUCAAGAAGAAGACUCGGGCGACUACCUCUUUUCGAUCGGUGAAACGACAUCUGCGAAAUCGAGCGACAUCUGGCUGGUCGACUCCGGGGCGACGCAGCACAUGACGUGCUCCAAGAAGUUCAUGCGGAACUACAAGGGGUUUGACGCUGUGGAUGUCCAUCUCGCGGAUGAUGGAAUCGUCCAAGCAAUCGGCAGUGGGGACAUUGUCAUGUCGAUGAAGACACCCCAAGGGAUGAAGAAAGGUGUGCUCACAAACGUGUGGCACAUCCCAAAGUUAUCCAGAAACCUGUUCUCGGUCGGCCGCUUCACCAAGGAUGUCGGCCCAGUGACGUUCACGAAGGAAGGGUGCUAUGGAGAAGCGAAAGGGACCAAGUGGAAAAUUGGUGCCCGUGAAGGUAAAGGACUGUUCAAGCUGCAAAUGACUCCAGUGGCGCCGGAACAAGCAAAUGCAGCCAAGUCGUCGGGAUGUCAAGGGGGCACCAAGUCGUACCUCUGGCACCUUCGGCUUGGCCACAUAGGUCACGAUGGACUCAAUUGCAUCGUGACGAAGAACAUUGGAAUUGGCAUCGACAUAUCUUCGGUGAAGAAGUGGGACGUGUGUGAAGGUUGUGCUCUGGGAAAACAGACUCGAGCGCGCUUCCAAUCAAACACUACAGCUCGCACCUCCAAACUCCUCGAAGUGAUUCACAGCGACGUAUGCGGACCGAUGUCGAUGGCAACUUUCAGUGGAAAACGGUACUUCGUGACAUUCAUCGAUGACAAGUCAAGAUACUGUGUCGUCUAUCUGCUCAAGAGCAAAUCUGAAGUUGCGGCGAAGUUCAUGGAAUACGCUGCGAUGGCCGAAACGCAAACCGGAAAGCGCGUGAAGUACCUUCAAAGCGACAAUGGGGGUGAAUACAAGUCCGACAAGCUGGCACGAUUCUGCGCGGAACGGGGAAUACAACAAAGGUUCACACCCCCAUAUACUCCUCAGCUAAACGGAGUAGCUGAGAGAAUGAAUCGCACGCUGGUCGAGUGUGCGCGUUGCAUGAUGGAACACGCUGGACUGGGAAAGAGCUACUGGGGUGAAGCAGUGAUGACGGCGAUGUUUCUUCGAAACCGCUGUCCAACACGUGCCAUUCACCAAGACAAGUCUCCAUAUCAAGUGUGGACGAUAAAGAAACCGAUUCUGGCCAACCUUAAAGUGUUUGGAUGCCACGCGUAUGUUCAAGUGCCUCAAGACAAACGCGCGAAGUUCGACUCCAAGUCAUCACUCUGUCGUUUCCUGGGAUACGCCGAACACCAGAAGUCAUAUCGAUUUGAGGAAGUGUCAACAGGAGCGAUCAAGAUCAGUCGCGAUGCCACAUUCAUGGAAGACAAGUUUGAUGAAGGUCCGUGUUGA